CGUAGACGCGAGUACACGCAGAAAAGGGUAAAGCAGUCUCAAUGUAAAGCACGAAUCGUUUUUACAUGUCAUGUGAUCGUAAUAAAUAAAUGAGCUCAAUGGUAAGGCAUGUUUUGCAGCUAUCUUUUCGAAAAUGAUUAUGGCCUCAGCAGAUUUAAGUGUGGCAGCCUGUGGGCACAUUUUACGUACUUUGGUUUUUACAGUCUGGGCAAGUUAUCGGUCAUCAUUUGCUGUUGACAGUUCGAUACAAAAAACAACUGAAUGGCUCAGCCAAUCACAGACCAGCUACUUUCAAAACGAAAGUUUACCAAAGAAUCCUAUGGAAAUGUCAUACACUUCCUUAAGGAGCAAUGGUGUAACACUCGGGUACACUGAAAAACACUUGGUAAAUGUAAGUGAUGGAUUAACCUACAAUAGAAGCGUACCAUCAGAAGGUUAUGCGAAUGUUACAGUAAGGUCUAGCAUUAUUAGUGACAUACAUACUACAAGCCUAGAAAACUAUGUGUACGAUAAAGAAACAACAAUUUUUUACUUCGACCUCAACAAAUGCUCAGACAACGAGGUCUUUCAUUUUCCUAGUGUUAGAGGUCAGAUCCGAUGCAGGUCUGGAGGAGAUAAUCGCACUAGAACAAAAACUCAGUGUCAGUGGACUAUUAGGGUACCUGAUGGUUAUCUGGCGUCCAGUUCAGUGAACUUUCGCAUGAAUACGUGCUUUACAGAUGUCAGGGUAACUGUCCUCAAUAAUGUCAAAGGCUGUGAGCAGUUAUUAUUCUGGUGUAAGCUUCCAACAACAACCACUGCUUUAGCUAUGAGUGGUUCUAAUCAGCAAAUCUUCAGUUUUACCGACGAUCUGACGGAGGCACAUCGCAUGGUUGAGUUUAUAGUUCAGGUGCAAGCUGUCCCAGUAAAUGACAACGUUUUACUUACACUUCCAAUGACGUUUACUUCCCCAAAGUCUGGAUCCGUGACGUCAUAUAGGUUUGAAGAUGGGAGACAGUUUCCGUGUGGUACAAACGCUACGCGCCACAUCGUUGCUCCAGAGGGUCACGUGAUGAUGAUAAGUUUUCCACUAGUGUAUCUUGGAAUGAAAACUGCUUCUGUGCUGACCUUAUACAAUGUCAGCAAGACCGGGUCUUUAAAACGUUUAGAAAUAGUGUAUGAUAUAUUUAAAGGCCCUACUUUUCUUGAAACAAGUCUACUGCUGCAUCUACAAGCAAAACUUCCACGUGACGAUGGCGGAUUUAAGAUGCUUUUUUCUUUUCACCUUACAACUGAGGCCCCAAGAAUGUUGACUAGCGGCUUGUGGGAUUGUUCUGUAUCCUAUUACAACACUUUUAGACAACACCUGGAGUGCAACCUGGAGCCGGAGUGCCAAGGAGGAGAGGACGAAGGACCUCACUGUCCUUACAGUAGUGCCGCCUGUAACGGCUCUGUUUCCGUGGGUAACAAAUGUUACGAGUAUGUACAAUAUACCCGGGCGCGUCCGAAGAAUGUAGAAAACGGGGAGGUUAUAUAGCGACUAUAAAAUCUCGAGAGGAAUGGGCUGCGUUUUUAAAACUCUUCCAAUAUGGAAAAAGACGAAGCACCGCAAUGAUCGGCCUUCGGCCAUCUAGAACAGACUGGCCAAAAUACUACAAGUACGCGCUAACAUGGGCAGACGGCACAGUGUCUUACGAAACCAACACCACGCAGGAGUAUUUCAAAGAACUUUCUAGGCGUGUCUGUGGCGUUUAUACCUAUGUACGUCCUAUGCGUGUUAUUCUCGUGGAAUGUGUCAAUUCUGUAAUAAAUAAUACCAUUUGUGAGUAUUUUGUUCAUCAGCAAGUGACCAUGCAAGAUCAAAUUAUAUUCCCCGAUAUCUUAGAUCCCAUGACUCUAUGGAAAAGACUUGAAAAUGUGUCUGUCGUGCAGUGUCCUGGAGGUCACGUUACGCACACAUUUUCUCUGUGUGAUGUGAAAUCAUUCUGUGGGAGAACAAAGCUAUCUGCUUCCUGCAUGACUAGAAAUAGUGUAGGAAUUUCCGUGGAGACUGAAAUGUUUGUCUGCGACGACCAUCUCGCUAUACUGCCCUACACUCUGGUGUGUGACUUCAGGCCUGACUGCUUGGACGGGUCUGAUGAGAAUUUUUGUCAACACGAUAGUAAGUGCCAAGAGUUCACUUGUCGUAACGGACAGUGCAUUCCAAAUACAUAUUACUGCGACUUGUAUAAAGACUGUUGGGAUGGUUCCGACGAAGAUUGUUUGUCUGAUUUCAUUUACGAAUAUCCACCAAAGCAAAGAUUGUUUGCUCCAGCUGUGGUUUAUUUUGACGGACAAGGUGAGUUUUAUCAAAUACCCAUAUCGUCUUCUGAGCCAUGUCCACAAACACACUUCCGGUGUGCAGGUGAGUCUGCUUACUGUCUGCCCGUGUACGUGCGCUGUAACGGUGUGUACGACUGUCCGUCCCACGAGGACGAGGAGGACUGUCAGCGAUACACGUGUCCGGGCUUCUAUCGCUGUCGUGGAUCCAGUGUUUGUGUCCAUCCCGACAACGUGUGCGACGGCUGGCCACAGUGUCCGCAACACGACGACGAGGCGUUCUGUGGACUGCGCUGUCCUGAUGCCUGCUUUUGCCAAGGCCUAGCCUUUGUUUGCGAAAGAUCUUUCAUAGCAAAAGAUUACCCUGAAAUGCGUUACUUAGAUGCAUCAGGCUCAACCAUGACUCUUUAUGAUGUGAUUUCUAAUUCUUAUCUUGUUUGGUUAUCGCUAGCCUCGUGUAGUUUAACAAAUGUUGAUUACAGUGAGCUUCCAAAUCUUCAGGUUCUGGAUCUUAGUGACAAUAAAAUAUUAGCUGUUGAUUUAAGUACUUUUCAUUUAUUAACAAAUCUGAAACGAUUGCGCCUAGCUGGAAACCCUAUCAUCUCGUUAAUAAACAGUGGUUUCACUCCAAAUCAUGCUAAUCUGCAGAGCCUGGAUGUGUCGCGAUGCUUGCUGACUUCAUUUGACAGUAAAAUAUUUCUUGAGUUUCCAAACAUUAAUUCAUUAAAUAUGUCUUUAAAUGGCAUUGACAUUAUUACAGACAAUAAGUUUACCUACCUCCCAAGACUUGCACAAGUCGAUGUAAGAAAAAACUCGUUGAAGAUAUUUCCUAGAGAAGUGUUGAGUAACGCACAAAACCUUCACACGGUCUUCGCGGAUAAUUAUAAACUUUGCUGCAAACAAAACCUUCCAAACUUGUUUGAUAGGAAAUUCUGCUUUGCUCCAGAAGAUGAGAUUUCGUCCUGCGACGACCUUUUGCGUUCUGACAUAUACCGAUCAUUUUUAUGGUUGUUUUGUGCUUUGUCGAUAUCAGGAAAUGUUGGCAGUUUUUUAUUCCGGCAGUUUUUUCACAGGCGUCACCUUUCCUCUGGAUUUGGGGUAUUUGUUACUAACCUAAGUGUAUCGGACUUCCUGAUGGGAGUUUAUCUGGCAAUUGUUGGGGGUGCGGAUGAAACUUACCGCUCCACCUACUUGUGGAACGAUGUCCAGUGGAAAGUCAGCACGACGUGCAAAGUGGCCGGCUUUGUGUCUCUCAUGUCCAGCGAGGUGUCGGCCUUGAUUAUCUGUCUCAUAACCAUCGACCGUUUUAUCGUUCUCCGCUUUCCGUUUAGCAAGUUCCACUUUGAGAGCUGGUCGGCCUCAUGGUCUUGUGGACUUGCUUGGAUUGUUGGGUUCAUACUGGCGGCCGUUCCUCUAUUACCAUUUCUCUCCGAGUGGGAGUUUUAUAGUCAAAAUAGCAUCUGUAUUCCGCUUCCGAUAACAAGAAAUUUUUUUGUAGGCCGUAGCUAUGCUUUUGGAGUUAUGAUCAUCUUCAAUAUGGCCCUCUUUAUCGUCAUAGCAGUGGGUCAGAUCUGCAUCUACUGGUCAGUACGAGUAAAUUCAAUGAAAGCAAACACCACUAAGAAAUCGAAAGAUAUCAUCAUAGCUCGUCGCCUGGCCACUGUCGUAGUGUCUGACUUCCUGUGCUGGUUUCCAGUUGGAAUGGUCAGCAUCAUGGCAAGUUUGGGAAUCCCAGUUCCGGGUGAGGUCAGCGUAUUCAUGGUCAUCUUCGUGCUGCCUUUGAAUGCGUCCCUCAAUCCCUUUCUGUACACGUCCAACCUCGUGCUAGAGAAGUGGAGAGAAGCAGAAGAAGCACGUCUGUUAAAAAGUUUGAAAACACAGCUUUCAUCACAGAGGCAGGAGAUAAACGUCUGUGAGAUGUCAGGACAAGAUACCUCGAUAAGUAAUGUCGAUUAGAAGAGCAGAACCUACGUAGGAUGUUUACCGGAUGCGAUGGAAGAUGUGUUAGUCAUUUUUAUUCUUGACCGUCCCACUCUUUUUACCAGCUGUCACUUCAAGGGACUGCUCGGCGUGUUUACAUGACCAAAUUAAAACAACAAAGGAUAAAAACGGAACAAAAAAAAAAAAAGAUGAAAAAAUUACUUUUUUGUCAAAUCAUUAUGUGUACAAUAUUUCACAAUGAGUAAAACGCGCACGUGUGAGCGUGCGUGCUUGUGCGUGCUUGUAUGUGCGCGCGCGUGCGUGUGCGUGUGUUGUUCUGAAAGUGUAAAAAUAUUACUCUGUUUAUAAAGUCGAGGCUAGCUUACUGUAAAAUUGUGAUCACUUCAUCCGAGCUAAUUUUUUAAAAUUCUCCAGCGAUUAUUUCUAAAGAAACUGAAGAAAAUUGUUGGAAAUGAUCGAGAAGCAGAAGGGUUGUGAUGUAUUUAAAUUCGACUUUUAUUGCAUUACUUCUAUUGAAUGCGUUCUAUCUCUCUCUUCUCUCUUCUUUCUGUGUUGAUGGGUGGGUGUGGAUGUUCUCUAACCAUAACGGACAUUGCA